AUGUCGCAAUACUUCUUCGAUCUCCUCUACACUUUCACAGACUGCAUGUGCUGUUUCCCUAACUCCCCGCAACUGAAGAUCAACAACAGGAGUUUCAAGCUACUCCGACUACUAGGAGAGGGCGGCUUCUCCUACGUCUACCUCGUCCAGGACAAGAACACGUCUGAGCUUUUCGCCCUCAAAAAGAUCCGCUGCCCCUUCGUCAGGAAUGAUGCUGAGGCGGCGGACACGGAAGCGGCGGCAUCUCGUGGGCGACCAGCGAGAAGGGUUAGCCGUCGCGAUAGCGAUGAUACGGAACAUGAGCCAUUGAUGGAUGGGGAGGUUACGAUUAGCCAGGAGGGAGUGGACGAGGGUGAUUUCCGCCCCUAUGCGCACAGAGAUAUAAAACCAGGAAACAUCAUGAUCGAUGACGACGGCUUAACCCCAAUUGUCAUGGACCUAGGCUCCCUCGCUCCCAGCCCAAUCGCGAUAACUUCCCGGUCCCUCGCCCUAGCAGUCCAAGACACAGCCGCUGAGCACUCCACAAUGCCCUACCGCGCCCCCGAACUCUUCGACGUGAAAACAGGAUCCAUCAUCGAUACUAAGGUCGACAUCUGGUCACUUGGCUGCACCAUAUAUGCGUGUCUGGUGGGGAAAAGCCCCUUCGAAGCGCGUAGUGAGGAGACGGGUGGUAGUUUGAGUAUGUGCGUGCUAGGUGGUGAUUGGAGGUUUCCGGAUGAGAAGAGUGCUGGCCAAAAGGGAAAAGGUACUGCCAGCGCAGGCACUGGUAGUGCGGGUGUUGGUGAAGGGGAAGGAAGUGCGGCUGCUGUUGAUGGCGAGACCGGUUCCCCCGCUAGGAAAGGGGGCAUUAGCGAGGCGUCGAAGGAGGUGGUGAGGAGGUGUUUGCAGGUUGAGCCAGCUGAUCGACCUGAUGUUGAUGAGUUGAUUGAGCUUUUGAAGACUACUAUUGAGAAGUUGCCGGAUGACGAAUGA